UGUUUCGUUGUUGUCAGUUAAGUACUGUUAUCACUCUUCUGUCAUGUGCUUUUUUCCACAGAACAAUUUUUUUAAACAUUAGAAUAAGUUGUGAAAUUUAAAUUACUAAUGGGUUAUCAAAAAUCUAAUAAAACGAAAAAUCGAAGAGCAUUAUUAAAAUGGAAAAAAGAUAAGAAAAAGACAUCUUUGAAUUCAAUAGCAGAGAAUAAAAAAGAUAAAGAGCAACCAAAAGAUGAAACAAAAAUAGAAUCAAUAACAUCAUUAAAGGAAACAUUAGCAGAUUUUGUGAAAAGAACUGAGUCGAAACAAGCAAAUUUUGUUGAAAGUGAAGAACAUGAAGAAUCUGGGUAUAAAAAUGUUGUUAAAUUAGACAACAAGUCUUUUAAAGAUGAGUUUAGAAAAGUAGUUAAUGCUGCUGAUGUAGUAUUAGAAGUAGUAGACGCUCGUGAUCCACUUGGUACAAGAUGUACUCGUGUUUUAGAGUCUGCUCAAGAAUUGGGAAAAAAACUUGUUGUUGUUCUAAACAAAACAGAUCUUGUUCCAGCAGAAGUAGUUCGUAAUUGGUUAUCCUAUUUCAGAGGACAGUUAGGAACACCUGCUUUACCAUUUAAAGCUAGUACUCAACAAGCUGGUUCUCGUAUAGGCCAUAGGAAAAUGAAUAAAUGCAAAAAAGACACUGAAAAAGCUAUAAGUCUUUGUGUUGGUGCAGAGCUUAUCAUGACUCUCUUAGCAAAUUACUGUCGUAGUGAUAAGAUGAAAACAUCAAUUGUUGUUGGAGUUGUUGGUAUGCCUAAUGUUGGCAAAAGCAGUUUAAUUAAUAGUUUGAAAAGAGCUAGAGCAUGUCAAGUUGGUGCUGUUCCAGGUGUAACAAAGAACAUGCAAGAAAUUCAGUUGGACAAGCAUAUAAAAUUAUUAGAUUGUCCAGGGGUAGUAUUAGACAAAGAAUCUACUACAGACAGUGUGGCUUUAAAAAAUGUUGUAAGUUCAGGAAGUAUUGAAGACCCUAUUACUUGUGCUUCAGUUAUUAUAGGGCGUGUUACAAAAGAUCAGAUGCAAAAAUUAUAUGGUAUUGGGCAAUAUGAUUCAUGUGAACAUUUUCUAUACUUAAAAGCAAGGAGAUUCGGCAAUAUUGGCCGAGGAGGUAUUCCUGAUAUUUUUACAUCUGCUCGUAGUCUAGUUGAGGAUUGGAAUCGAGGUAAAAUAAGAUAUCACACAUUGCCACCAGAACAUGAUAUAGUCCAUUUAAGUGCCAAAAUUGUUUCUGAUACUUCAACAAUUUUUAAUUUGGAAAAUAUACAGCGAGUUGAAACUGAAUUUAUGGAAGAACUUGAAAAAAUUCAACCAGAUUUAUCAGUUGAAGGUACUCAAACAAAUAAAAUGGAUAUUGAUGGAAAACAAAUGAUAGUAGUAGAUGAUGUACAAACAAAAAAGUCUGGAAAACUUAGAUGGAGAAAAAAGAAGAAAGUAGAAUCAUCAGAUAAAAAGAUAGAUAUUCAACCUGGUGUAUUAAGAUUAAAAAAAUUACAAAAAGAAAAUGCUAAAAAACAGCGUAAGAUAGCUUCUAGAUUAAUUAAAUGUGAAGAAAAAUUAAUGAAUAUUGAUUUGUAAAUAUAGAUGUUUUAAAAACAA